GAACCGGAAAAACGAUACAUUUGCCAGAAGUUUAUAUAAUUGUUGAGGCAACUGGGUACCGGGCCGUAGCAGUCUCUAGGCUGUAUUUUUUUUUACAAUGGAAAGCUGUAGGCAGGCAUUUUAUUUUUUACUAUUGAGUGGGGGCAGACUAGUACCGAGAUAAUUUAAAUAUUGCGAAAGAGCCCCACCCUCAGUUUGAACUCAGACUGGCCAAACUAACACCCACUUCUUUCGUGCAUAUUUCCCUGAGUAACACUGUCACUACAUAAAUACAUAUUUUGAGGUGUAAAAGGCAGGUAAUGUUUUUUAGUCUUAGUUUUUGCUGUAUCUGACACUCUCUUAUUCUGGAGGAUGUCUUGCGCAUUUUGCUUUCACGUUGUGCCGAACCAUUUGGACUAUUUUUGAGCUACUUUAAGAAGCCCUGUGGGCUAUUUAUUUUUCAAUCAUCUGGCAACACUGACUAUAGUACCAUAUUAUGGUGUCUUAGUAGAGACACACGGAGCAGUCGCGAGGGGGCGUUUGAAAAGAAAACACGUCCGAUGCACUAUUUGGGAGAUGGAAAGGAGUAGUUUUAGUCAAGAAAGCUGGAAAACCGCUACAUCAGCGAACAUUUUGAGUGAAGAAGAAAACAGACAAAAAAACUCUUCCUUAGCUUCAACCUUUGAACCUCAGUUUCAUGUUAGUUUUCUUUAGUCACAAGAUCUGGGGUUUGAGCAGUUUGCUGUAUUCUUUCAGUCUACAAACUCACUAGGCUGCGUGGAGCUGAGACAUGAUCUUAGAAAGUCUGAAAGGGGGAGGAAAGACCAUCUGGGUUUUCAGAUUUUGAGUAUAACACCGACAUUUUCCGUGCCAGAUACACUCUGAAAUCCAGCUGAAGGGCUGCUUCUGCAAGCAGAAGGUAAUCCAUUUCAGAAUGUCUUCUGUUAAGUAUAAUCCAGGAUCGGAUUCCAAAGAUGUUAAUGGGUUUAGUGGUGGUGGAGAUGCAACUGUACAGAUUGAUGAUGGAAAAGUGGAAAAUAAUGAGCCAGAUACAUUGUGUAGUGAUAUGAGAAGAAUGAUUACACCUUUUGUGAUGUCAUUUGGAUUUCGGCUUUUUGGACUGCUGCUGAUAUUUGUUGAUAUUAUCUUUGUAAUUGUGGAUCUGGCACUCCCUACACGGUCAAAGGAGUUGGGAGACACAAUUUCAGGAAUUUCUGUAUCGAUCUCCAUCUUUUUCCUUGUUGAUGUACUUCUGAGGAUCUUUGUUGAAGGCUCAAGAGUGUUUAAUUUCUUUCGAGCCCUGAGAAUCAUCAUCCUAGUAAGAAUUAUAAGGCUUGCAUCACAGAAAAAGCAUCUGGAAAAAGCAACCAGACGAAUGGUGUCUGAAAACAAAAGACGUUACCAGAAAGAUGGAUUUGACCUCGACCUCACCUACAUUACAGAUCGUGUUAUUGCCAUGUCAUUUCCAUCUUCGGGAAAGCAGUCUUUCUACAGGAAUCCCAUUAAGGAAGUUUCCAGAUUUUUGGACACAAAGCAUGCAAACCACUACAAAGUCUACAACUUGUGCAGUGAAAAAGGCUACGAUCCCAAGUAUUUCCAUUACCGAGUGGAGAGAGUCUUUAUUGAUGAUCAUAAUGUCCCUGUUUUAGAAGACAUGCUAAAGUUUACAGAAGAUGUUCGACAGUGGAUGGCAGCAGAUCCCCAGAAUGUCAUAGCAAUUCACUGCAAAGGUGGAAAAGGCAGGACUGGAACCAUGAUCUGCACAUGGCUGAUUGACAGUGACCAAUUUGAGAAUGCAAAGACAAGUCUGGACUACUUUGGAGAACGAAGAACAGACAAGAGCGCAAGCUCCAAGUUUCAGGGUGUUGAAACUCCCUCUCAGAGCAGAUAUGUUGGAUAUUAUGAAAUUAUGAAGAACAAGUACAGUCGUCAACUUCCACCAGAGAAGAAAGUAAAAAUUAAGAGCAUUAGAGUUCAUGCAAUAACUGGUGUCGGGAGAAGCAAUGGCAGUGACUUGAGUGUGCAGAUAUUCAUGAAAAAACAACUUGUGUUCCAGUGUGCUUGUGCCACCCUGGACAACUGUAAGCUCUUUUUUGAUGCUGAAAAUGAUGCUGCUGUGAUUGGACUGGAAAACUGUCCUGUUCUAUCUGGAGACAUUAAAGUUCGCUUUGAAUCUAGUGCAGGCCUCCCAAAAGGGUAUGAUGACUGUCCUUUCUACUUCUGGUUCAACACAGGUUUCAUAGACGGUAACAGGCUUUUUCUUGCCCGAGAACAACUUGAUAAUCCGCACAAAUCCAAAACAUGGAAAAUCUUCAAGGAGAACUUCGCAGUUGAACUUUCUUUUGUUGAUGCUUAACACAGUUUUAGGCUGGUGUGCAUCUGUUCAUUUGGUUAAGAAGAAUGAACUUUAUUGGACAGUCUAAGAAUAUAAGAACAAUUUUUUUUAUAUUAACUAUGUAUAUACAGGUUCUGACUGUGUGCUGUGUAGUCCUAUUUCCAUGGCAUUUGUAAAUAAGGGUAGUCAGGCAGUAAAACUACUGAAAAAAAUGUCAAUUUCAGUGUAAUUUCAGUGUAUUAAUACAAGGCAGUCAAACACUAACAAAUCUGAAUUAAUUUCAAAUGUGUUGGCAUUCCUUUUCUACAACACAGUCAUGACUAAUGCUAUUGACAUGGGAGUGUUGUAAUAAAACGCUUUGCAGUUUUAUAACCACACGAUGACACGUUGAAUCAUGCUAGAAAAUAGCACUUGUGAUCUUAGUAUAUUGAUGAAUCUCAUUACUGUGUCUUGUUUCCAAAGAUAGUUAUGAAAAAGUAAAUAUGUUAAGAAGUAAGUAUCUUAGUAACAAAGUAAGGAUUUAAAUUCCCUUUGUAAAAUAUAUAAAGAUUGUUUGUUUUUA